CGUGGUCGCGUCGCGUAGACGCCGGCGAUCGUGAGCGGGCGAUCGGAUGUGAGAUCGCGGGCGCUUCCCCGUGUGGCGGCGUUCACUGCUUGAGUUGCAUUGCUUCAGCCCCCCCCAGCAGCAGUCAAACGUGUCAGUAGAAGGCAAUCAAGUAGGAGGCCCAGUUCACUAUUGUAUUAACCAAGAUGACAGCUCUCCGUCGCAUCCAGAAGGAACUGACCGAUGUCAGGAACAGACCAGUCGAUGGGCUCACUGUCGAGCCAGAUGAAGACAACCUAUACGUAUGGAGAUGCGCGGUGAAGGCAUCGUCGGACAGUCCUUACAAAGGCGGCACAUUCCGCUUUACCCUCACGCUGCCGGAGAACUUCCCAUUCAAGGCUCCUACGGUCGUGUUCUCAACGAAGAUCUAUCAUCCAGGUAUCAACGAAGAGGGACACAUCUGUGUUCCAGUCCUCCGCGAUCAGUGGAAGCCUACCGUAACUCUGUCUUCAGUUCUGGCCAUCAUCCAGGAGAAGGUCAAUAAUCCAAGCCCGGAUGACCCGUUCGAACCUGAGAUCGCUGCUCAAUUGAAGAAUGAUCACGCGAAGUUCCUUGCGACAGCGAAGGAGUGGACGAAGAAGUAUGCAACGGCGUGAACGUCCAAGAAGCGAAGCCCUCUAGAAUUGAAUAUGUCCGCAAGAAAUUGGCCCUGAGCUCAGGUUGUACUACUAGCAGUGUUGUGAUAUCAUAUCCGUUCGAAAGCGUUGAAUACUAGUAGACCGUUCGUCUCCCGGUCGCGGUGUAGUACUUCAGUGAACCUGUCCGACGCCCAAUCGGCGUCGCUAGUCCACUCCAUAUUGGAAGUGUGGAUGAAACUCGUCUCCCAGACAAUGGUCGACACUCGGGCUCCUGUACCACCCACGAUGCAUUGAUACAUGAUGGAUAGCUGAGAUGCCGUACCUACAGGUACAGUAGCCGUGAAAUCCAGGAGUUCAGUAGGUUCUCAGCCACUGCAGACGAUGUACC